AUGGCAGCGGCUGAUGAGAACGUUGUGGCUGCGGAGGAGGUGGUUGCAGAGCCCGUCCCGGCCCAGGCGGUCGAUCAGGUCGCUGGCAGCAGGCCGGAGCGCGAGGACCUCUCCAAUGAGCCGAUCGACGAGAGCCUGCUCAUUAGGAUCAAGGGCAGGGUGAAGCGCCCCAACAAGCCGGACGACGCCGAGCGCAACACGCAGGUGCAGCUGCUGCAGGACGAGAUUGUGAAAUACAUCAACAGGCAGAAGCAGAUCAAGGAGAUCUUGGACAGCAAGCACACCGGCAAGGGUGGCACACCCGAGCAGCAGAAGCUGCGCGACCAGCUGCAGCAGCUGCGCACUGAGUGGGACACCGUGCUGCGCGGCAAGCAGCGCCUCCAGGCGGAGGACGGGGACAAGAAGACGGAGCGCGAGAAGCUGAUGAGCGAGCUGCGGACGCUGCGUGACGCCAGCAGGGGCCCCAUGAACCUGGAGACGCUGGACGCCAGGGUCGCAGAGCUGGAGUUCAAGCUGACGCACGAGAGCGUGAGCGCGGCGGAGGAGAAGCGCAUGCGCGAGCAGAAGGAGCGCAUGGAGCGCACCGACCGGCCCAACGCGGUGCGCGCGUCGGCGCUGUCGGCGCGGCUGGACGUGAUCAAGGCGGAGAGCCUGGAGCUGCGGGCACAGAUUCAGGAGAUCGACAAGCAGCUCAAUGCCAUCAAGGCCAAGCGCGAGGCCACCAACGCUGAGCUGGACGCGCUGCGCUCCAAGGAGACGGAGGCGCGCAGCGACGUGCCCGCGCUGAUCGCGGAGCGCAAGGAGGCCAGCGAGAUCAUCACCGCGCUGCGCAAGAAGCAGUCCGAGAUCAGGGACGCCUUCAACGCCAAGUGGCAGGAGUUCAAGAAGCAGGACCGCGCGUGGCGCGUGUGGUUUGCUCACGAGCGCAAGGCGAAAAACGAGGAGCGCAAGAAGGAGUACGAGGAGCGCCAGGCCAAGCGCAAGGCCGCGGAGAAGUCCCACAAGCCCAACAAGUUCGAGCAGGAGGUGUACGAGUGCGAGCAGGCGAUGGCCUACCUGCGCUCGCUGGUGGGCAGCGGCGCGCAGGCCGCUGCGGCCGCCCCCAAGGCGGUGGACGAGGCGCCGGCGCCCGGCAUGAAGCUGCUCAAGAAGAAGGACGAGGACCUGGACGGCGCCUUCUCGGUCGCCAGCAGCAAGAAGGGCAAGGGCGCCAAGAAGGAGGCAGCGCGCGCCAGCGCCGCCGCGGCGGACAAGACCACCAAGAAGCUGGCCCUGCGCAUGGACGACCUCAAGACGUUCAUGAAGCUGGGCGUCAAGGCCCCCACCACGCACGCCGACGUGCCGGCCGCCAUCGAGGCGCUGGAGGCCAAGAAGAAGGACUACGAGGAAAAGAGGGACAAGGCGGCUGCGGCGGCCGAGGAGGACGAGGAGGAGGGUGCUGCCGAGGAGGAGGAGGUGGAGGAGGAGGCCCCCAAGGACCCGGUGGCGGAGGCCGAGGGCGACAAGCUCGCGGACGACGAGGAGGAGCCCGCGGCAGGCGUGCCCGCCGGCGUCUGGGGCUCGCGGGCCGCGGCCGCCGCCGGCGCGAGCGCCGGCACGGCCAGCGAGGCCGCGGCGACUGAGGCCGUUGCGAGCGAGGCCGCGGCGAGCGAGCCCGCCGCGACCGAGGGCGCGGCGAGCGAGGCCGUCGCGACCGAGGCCGUCGCGACUGAGGGCGCGGCAGCGGCCAGCAGCGACCCCGCGAGCGAGGGCGUCGCGAUCGCCCUGAACGUCAGCGACGAGGGCCGCGUGUCGGUCGAGCUCACGGUCUAG